GGAGUUCAGCUGAAAAGGCACAGAAAAUUAUUACAUUCUGAUUAUAAUAACACACACUAAUGAAUCACUGACAACAAGAGCAGGAAGACUGCACCAUAAUCCGUCUCUGGCAUGUUUAGUGUGUGUGGGACUGUAAUGCCGCUGACAGAGCUCUUAUCCUGCUGCCAUGGCCAUUGCCUUUUUAGGAGACACCUGAUCGCAGCCCAGUGCCGCCACACAAAGAGCCGCUGAUAACGUCUGGAGCGAGUUCAGAUGAUGAACCUCCGUCACACACAGAGCAGCUCAACGCAGCUGGACCAAGGUCACCUCCAGCCUUUCAGGAGCUUGAUUUGAUGCUGUAGGAUCUCCAGCACCUUCAUGGAAAAGUUCCAGGCUGCCAUGGUUCUCGGAGGAGUGGGAGAUGCCCUAGGAUACCGCAAAGGCCGGUGGGAAAUGUGCACCUCGGGGACUCAGAUCCAGAAGGAGCUCGCCGCUCUCGGGGGCCUCGAGGCCUUGAAGUUGGACGCUGACCACUGGCCGCUCAGCGACGGAGUCUUGAUGCACAUGACCACCGCAGAGGGCCUGAUCACCGAUUACUGGUGUCUAGAGGAUCUGUACCGGGAGCUGGUGCGGCUCUAUGUGGAGGCCAUGGUGAGUCUGCAGGGUCGAGCUCCGGAGCCCAGCACUGUGGAGGGAUGCGCCAACCUCAAGCCCAACAACUUCCUGUUAGCCUGGCACACGCCGUUCAACGAGAAAGGAUCUGGUCACGGAGCUGCGACUAAAGCCAUGUGUGUGGGCAUGCGCUACUGGCAGCCCGAGCGGCUGGACAAUCUGGUUGAAGUGAGCAUCGAGACGGGCAGAAUGACCCACAAUCACCCUAUAGGGUUCCUGGGCUCUCUGUGCACCGCUCUCUUCGCCUCAUACGCGAUACAGGGCAAACCGCUGCAGAGCUGGGGUCGUGACCUCUUGACGGUCAUUCCCAAAGCCGAGGAAUACUGCAGGAAAACCAUCCGACACAUGGCAGAAUACCAGGAGAAGUGGUUUUACUUCGAGGCCAAAUGGCAGUUUUAUCUGGAGGAGAGAGGGAUAGAAGACGGCGAGAGUAAAGCCAUGUUUCCUGAGCCAUACGACGCUGAAGAGACAGACAAGAUGUACAAGCGCUGGAGUUCUGAAGGCUGUCCGGGCCGCAGGGGUCACGACGCUCCCAUGAUCGCGUACGACGCUCUGCUCGCCGCCGGAUCCAGCUGGGAGACGCUGUGCAAACGGGCCAUGUUUCACGGAGGUGAGAGCAGCGCGACGGGUCUGAUCGCCGGCUGUCUGUUCGGCCUGCUCUACGGGAUCAGUCCGGUUCCUGCUGGACUCUAUCAGGAUCUGGACAAAAGAGACAAACUGGAAGAUCUGGGAAGGCGAUUAUACCGAGCGGCAGCAGUAGAGAAAAACACACUUUUAUUCCACAGAGAUCAGAGAGACGGCCGGCCGCCCUCCGUCAUCCCAAUGCUGGACCGGCGAUCCGUGAAGCGGCUGAUCCUGGAUCGCUCGACGCGUCCGGAGGUCAGGGCCAUCCUGGAGAAUCUCCUGCUGUACCAAACCCGGGAGCCACCGGCCUCUCCUUCAGCGAUGGCGCGAGCCGGUCCUCGUCUCUCCGCCUUCCAGCUCCUCCGAUCCAAGUUUCUGAAGAGCGCUCCGAAGCCGGCGAUCACCCGCAGACGAGAAGUGGGAUCUCUGAACACCAGAGAACGACGUAUUACAGACACAAAUGGGCUGAGAGCGAACUCAAGACCUUGGAUGAGGAGAAAAGGCCGGGUUCAGGAUGUCCUGGAUAAAUUUGCAGCGGCGGCGGUGGAGAAUAAAGAUGUAAAGAAACUGACGCGUACAGGCGCAUUAAACAGCAUCAUCAAGGCGUUCGAGACUCUAAGCCAUUCGACGUACAAGAUCAAGAAACACAACAGCAAAUCGAAUCAUACGCUGAACGUACUGAAGCAACACAGAUGUCAGACUACAGGAACACAUGUCAAAGAGGACCUGAGUGAGGCCUUCAGUCCAGAGAUGAGAGAGAGACAAGCGGAGGAACGGCUCAACGGAGAUGCUCUGUCCUCGUCUCCUGAGGUCUGGACGUCAGUGAAACCUCUCGGACAGACUUCCAGCACACAGAUCCUACAGGAACCUCGAGAAGAUCUGCCACAAAUCACAACCUCAGAAAACUGCAAGCAACCUUCAGCCGCUCUUCAGGACGAUCACAGCUGGGAUCUGGAUGAUACGCCGCCGUCGCCUUCAGAAGAGCUCGCUUUAAACACCCGCUUCUCACCCGCUGUGACCGAAACACACGAGGACGACGAGCUGCUCUCGCUCAGCUUGAGUUCAUCCAGACGCUCUGAUGGAGAACAGGAUCUUCCUCCUCACGAGUGUUUCUCCUCAGACGGUCAGAUUUCCCUUCUUGGAACGAAUGACGAGAACGCAUGUCAUCCGUCGACAGGAGAAACACCGAAGUACAGGACCAUGAAUUACUGCAGCCCUUCAGAAGGACGCUCCUACAUCCACAAAACCAUCCGAUUCACCGACACCUUCAACUUCUGAAGACUGUUAUGUGAUUAUUUAUUAUACCAAAAUCAACUAUGUUGGAUGAGUCAUAUCCAGUCAAUAGGGAAUGUUCUCAGAACGUUCUCUCAAACGUUCUUCCAGUAGCGUUUGUUCAAUGUUAUAUGGUCUUUAAUAAUGUUCUCAAAACAUUAUUUAUACAUCGUUCAUGGAACAUUUUUCUGAAACGUCUAACGUUUUCUAAAUGUUUUUACUUGUUUCAGAACAUUCAAAAGUACCGUUUCGAUAAUGUUUGAAGAAUGAUAAAAUACAGAAAACAUUUCCUUAACGUUUUAGCUAACGUUCACCAAGAAAAUACAGGGUUUAAGGCACAUUCACAACAAGAACGAUAACUAGCGUUCACAUUAACGCACAAUAUCGUUCUGUUUACUCUCAGUUUUGUAGUCUGUCGCUUUAAAUGCUCGCGCUGGAUGGAUUUUGAUUGGCUGUCAGUGUUUUUAUCGUUUUAUCUGGAAAAAAAAAUCGUUCUGAAAGUGAUUCUGUGCCGUUAUCAUUAUAGUUGUGGACUCUGUUAGGCCCGUUCACACCAAGAAUGAUGACUGUAAAGAUAACGAUAAAGAUAUAGUUCUAAAUAUAAAAGAAUAGCUGUAACGGUAACGAUAUAGAGAAACGAUAUCACUUUCAGAAUUAUUUUUUCCAGCUGUUUCCACACUGACAGCCAAUCAGAAUCCAUUCGAAUUUAACGGCUCGAGCGUUUAAAAUGGCGCACAUCUGCCAUUUUAAAUCUAUCGCUGAGGUCCAGAAAAAUCCUCUUUGACGAGUCAAACCCCCUUUUUUAAUCAAUGAUACUUUAAAGAAAAUAUGGAAAACAAUCGGUCAUAAAUGGAAUAAACGGCGAGAGAAGUAUAAUAAAUGGAGAUGAGAUCAUUAGCAAACAGUGUAAAAUAAAAUUACCACAGGCAUCCAGCGCUAGUUUCGACAACAUUGUCUUACUUUCUUUGAAGCUGCAGUGAAAAAGACUAGGUGUUGUUUUUAUUCCACUAUAUUGACUUCGUCAGAUAAAUUCACUGUUAGAUUAGAUCAUUACACUUGAAACAUAGAAAGCUGAGGACAUCUGCUGGUUAAAGCGUGUAAAUGCAACAAGAACAGCAAAAACAUGUAAUCGCAGCUCAGAAUAAACAGACCGUUAUCGCUCGUUAGUGUGGACUCAAAUGGGUCAUUGACGAAUAAGCUUUUUAAAAGUGUAAAAACAUAAUGGAGAUAUAAUUAAUUUUGAAGGUUUAUUAAGUAUUAAUGAGAUUAUGUGGCUUUUAUAAUCAAUUAACACAAGAUGGACAAAAUUUGUCACCAAAAAAGUCAUUCGGUUUAACCAAAACUUUGGUUACACCGAAUGACGAUAUUUUCAAACAAUGCUAACAGGCUGAUAUCUAGCUAGCUAGCAAAAGAACAAUUAAACAUUUUAUAUUUAGUACAAGUUUUUAAAAUAUUACAACAUUUUCCAUGUUUUAUAGCGGUUGUACCGAAUGAAAUGAUGUUUCAUGCGUAUGAUCAAGUGAAAACAAUAAUUCUUCAAAUAGUUAAGAGAGAGUUAGUUACUUUGCUUCAUGACCAUGUGGUCCUUUGCAGGUGUCUGAAUGAUGUCACAUCCUGUCACAUGAUAUUGACCACAUGACUUGAUCAAAAAUCAUCCCUUUAUAUUGGUUACUCCAAAUGACAUCAAUGAAAUUAAUUUCUCUGGACAUUCUUUCUCAUAACAAAGCAACGACUUCUACACAUAAUUUUAACACCAUUUUGCACUAUGUUGAUAUAUGAUGUUAUAAAAUCAUGCCAGAAUAAAAAAUAUAUACAUUUAUUACAUUUUAAGAUAUUUUAAUCACAAAUGAAAUGGCUGUAUUGGCCUUAAACCGAAUGACCUUUUGUCACUUAAAAAUCUUUAAAAUACCUUUAUAUGUAGUAAAAUAUAAUUAAAACCUUUUGGAUUCAAUAAAAGAGAUCUAGUUGUACUACCUUA